AUGGGUAUUGACGAGCAGAAAGAAGAGCGAGAAGUCCUCGACUCUAUCUUUCCAGACGAAAUCACAGAUACUGCAGACAAUGCCUACCGUAUAUCAAUCGCCUUGGAUCCUCCGGCGAAUUCACCGUCUGAUGAAGAUGAUCCCCUUGUGAUAUGGUUGAACGUGUCCUAUCCAGACUCAUAUCCCGACGUCGCUCCCAACCUGGACGUUACAGCUCCUCACAAUGCAGCGAAGCACCCUCUGCUGGAUGUCCAAGCGGAUAAGGCGCAAUUACUGGAUAGCUUGAAGAGCACAAUUGAGGACAACAUGGGCAUGGCCAUGGUCUUCACUUUGGUUGCAACAUUGAAGGACAGCGCCGAGGUUCUCAUGGCCGAUCGUGCCAGGCAAGAACAGGAGAUCAUUGAUGUCGCAGCACGUCAAAAGGAAGAGGAAGAGAACAGGAAAUUUCAUGGAGAGAAGGUCACACGGGAGAGGUUUUUGGAGUGGCAUAAAAAGUUCAAGGCUGAAAUGGCUGAGAAAGAAAGAUUACGCAGAGAAGACGAAGACGCUGAAGCUAUGAAGGGCAAAAGAGGUCUGUGGGAGAGAGGACUGGUUGGUAAGGGUGAGGAAGAGGGUGAGAUGGAUGGCAUUGCCGAGAGGACCGAGAAUCUCAAGAUCAGCACGUGA